AUGGCCCAGCGUGUCACUCUCCGCAAGCGCCAGCCCUACAACACCUCCUCCAACCGCAGGAGGGUCGUGAAGACCCCCGGUGGCAAGCUCGUGGUCCACCACAUCAAGAAGCUUGCUUCGGCCCCCAAGUGCGGUGACUGCGGUGAGGCCCUCGCCGGUGUCCCCACCCUCCGCCCCCGCCAGUACGCCACCCUCUCGAAGCGCCAGAAGUCGGUCUCGCGCGCCUACGGCGGCUCGGUCUGCGCCGGCUGCGUUCGCCAGCGCAUCACCCGCGCUUUCCUUAUCGAGGAGGCCACCAUCGUCAAGCGCGUCCUCAAGGCCAAGGCCGCCGCCUCGAAGAAGUAA